AUGCCGUGGCUGCUGUCCUCCCCGCUGGACUGCGCGUCCCCGUCGCCGUGCCAGCGGCAGUGCGAGCGCACGGCCUUCUCCUUCUACUGCGCCGUGCGCGAGCGGCUGCCCGCGUGGCUGCUGGAGGACAUGCGCGGCAUGGAGGUGUUCUGCUGGGACGACGGCCGCCCGCGCGCGUUCCGGCCCUCCGAGGCGCUGCUCUACGCGCUCGUGCACGACCACCAGGACUACGCGCGCGUCCUGCUGGAGCGCUACUCGGUGGGCGCGCUGCGCGCGCCGCGCUGCAGCUUCUGCCGCGCGCGCGGCGGCGGCGCGCCGCACCUGGCCGUGGCCGUGCGCUACGACCGCGUGGCCAUCCUGGGCAUGAUGGUGCGCGCGCUGCGGGAGCGCGAGGAGGCGGGCGAGCGGCGGCGGUACCUGGACGAGUGCGGCGCGUGCGCGCACGCGCCGGACGCCGGGAAGAGCGCGGUGCAGCUGGCCCGCGCGCGCGCGCAGCGCUGCGUGGACCUGCUGCUGCUGUUCGUGGCGGAGCCCCCGCGGCCGCGCUGCGUGCGCGAGGAGCCGCAGCGCUGGCGCGGGCUGCUGGGGGGCCGCGUGUUCGGCUGGCUGCGGGGGGUGUCCCCGCCCCCCCUCCUGCUGCAGGCCCUGCGCAGCCUGGCGCGCUCCGGCCCGGACCAGAUCAGCACGCUGCCGGUCUUCCUGCAGCCGCAGCUGGGCCGGUGA